CAUCUGUGACGGACGUUGUUCUAAAAUAUGGCUGUGAUAGAUAUAUAUAAGAAACAGACUGGUCUUCCUUAUAACCACAAACAGUUUUUGUUGGACACUUACACCUUCAGCUAUGAAACUUACUCUGAUAUUAGCAGCACUUGCCGUUGUUGUCGUUACAGUUAACUGCCGCCUUUGCACCAACCACGACGCUUCAACAUGCACUCACACAUGCCCGGAUGGAGAGAUGAAGGCGUGUGAACACGAUGUUUGUACUUGCUCUGUCAAAUGUGCACAAUUAAGCGACUGCCCAGACUGCCCUUCACAUACUGACCCCAUGGGACACACCACACACGAGUCGAAGCACUGCAUAGACAGCGCCUGUAUGUGCAUGCCAGACCAUAUGAUGCCACCUGGCGGUCACCAUGGACCUUAGAUCUAGCUUGUACUUUAUUUUUGCUAUUUCUAUGUACAAAGAAAAUAAACAACAUGCAGACUUA